UGUCCCUCCGUCUGUCCGUGUGUCUGUGUGGAGAUGAGCGCACACCGGUGCCGGUUGCAGGCGUGCAGACAGCGGCGGGAGGGACGCGGACUGAACCGUUCAUCAGCAUUGUGUCAUGAUUAAAAAUAAUCCUCAGACUGUGUGACUGACUCUUUAAACCGUGAAGAUGCUGACAGACAUGAUCGUGGAGCAAGAAUUUGAGAUCAAGGAGGAGGAACCGUGGUACGACAAGCAAGACCUUGAGCAUGACCUGCAGCUGGCUGCCGAGCUGGGGAAGAGUCUCCUGGAGCGAAACAGGGAGCUGGAGCAAGGGCUGCAGCAGAUGUACUCCACCAACCAGGAGCAACUGCAGGAGAUCGAGUACCUAACGAAGCAGGUGGACCUUCUCCGGCAGGUCAAUGACCAGCACGCUAAAGUGUACGAGCAGCUGGACGUGUCGGCUCGAGAACUGGAGCACAGCAACCACAAACUAGUUCUGGACAACAGGACGGCCCAGCAGAAGAUCCAGGGGCUGACAGAGACGGUGGAGCUGCUGCAGACGCAGGUGGAGGAGCUGCAACAUCAGGUGGAGGAGAUGAAGCUGAGUCCCUCUCCCCCUCCGAAGCCUCCGCACAGAGAGAAGUGGCCACCUCGCAGCACUCAGAGUGUGUCCUGCCUGAAAGAGCUGCAAAACACACUCAGAUAUGACUACGACGAACCCUCAGAUGGCCUCCAGUCCUCCGACAUGUCGUGGCACGAAGAGGAGCAGGCGUCGCUUCGACAAUCCCUUCGCAACCUCCAGACUCAGUUCGCCAAUGAGCGUGCUCGGAGGGAGCAGUCAGAGCGAGAGGCCGAGCUGCUCGCCAGAGAAAAUGCAGUGCUGGAGCAGCAGCUGGCAGGGAUGGAGGGCUGUCAGGUCCGAGUGGCAGAGCUGGAGCGCGAGGCAGAGGAGCUUCGUCAGCUCUGGAAAUCAGAUUCCUCCCAGAGAUCCACCAGACCGGACGUCAUCCACAGCCUGCUGCGCAACUCCAUGUUCCUCAACGCGGAGGAGGAGAAUGAUGGCGCUGCAGGGAAAAGCCCCUGGGUCCUGAAGCGCUGGGACAGCGAGCGGCUGAUGAAGGCGACACAUAUGCCUGACUCUCCCGACAGGAUCUAUGACCACGAGUGCUCCUGCGUGCGUCGGGCCGAGGUGGUGAAGUAUCGUGGGAUCUCGCUGCUAAAUGAGGUCGACGCCCAGUACAGUGCCUUGCAGGUGAAGUACGACGAGCUGCUGCGGCGCUGCCACCUGGUGCAGCAGGAGGAGGAGCAGGAUGGGCAGACCCACAGGUCGGUCCAGACUGCAUCUCUCGCCGCCACUUGUCCUACUCUCACAGACAUGGGGGACUUUACAGACGACUUUCACCAGCCGGAGUAUAAGGAACUUUUUAGGGAAAUCUUCUCACGCAUUCAGAAAACCAAAGAGGACCUGAUUGAGAACAGAGGGCGACUUUCAGCUGGUGAAACGCUGCCUAUUUUGCAUCAAUAGCUCGCAAAAAAAAAGAAAGAAAAAGAUGCUGCAAGAUUUAUUGUUGUCUUCCAGUUAAAGAGCGACUCUUUGGAAAGACUCUUACAGCAGCACUUGAAGUUAACUCUACACUUUACUGUAUGUUAUCUGCCCAGAAAUGGUGAUCGCCUUGCGAAGGGGUUAAGAGACGAGAGUGAUACAGGAACCAGAAGGCCAAACACCACCAGCUCAUGUCUCAGAUGAGGCUCAUUUUGCACAGAAACACCAGUGCCUAACGCCGCCGUCUCUACUGUGCAAUCACUCUACCUCACUUUGCACAAACGAACUCCUGAGGAAAUCAUUUCUGGGUCUUCCUUUAUCGGUAACACUUUAUUUUAUGGGUCCUAUAGUUUCCUAGAAAGAUGUAAGUUUCACAGAAAGUUUCCUGGAAAAUAUGUAAAGAUGUAAUUUGGUGCUCAUAACAGAGAAAAUGGUAGUUCAGCUCACAGGGUGUGGACUGUGGUUAUGAGCCUGCCAUUGGCCGCCUGUUUCAGAUGGAAUUCUCCCCUUCCACUAUCUGCGUGCUACAGUUUCCAAAGUCCCUGACGCUACGUGAAACUAGUCCCGCCAAACCUGAGACACAAGACAUGAAACAACCUCUGAGCUAAAAACAGCAGCGCUCGCCUCCCCACCCUGCAAAUGUUCUACCGAAACAAGUUCCCUCCCAGGUGUAACCAAAAGACUUUUAGGUUACCCCUAACCCUAAAGUCUUGAAGUCAGUGCACAGUGGGUCAGCUAAACCAUCGGUUCCCAACUGGUCAAGCCUCAGGAUUCAGAUUUCUCCUUAGUCAUUAGUUCAAGGUCCGCGCGGUUUAAUACAUUCAGCAUCAUACUUGCGCUUGGCCAUGUUGUCGGGCUAGUCUGCUGUCUCUGUUAAGCUUUCAGUUAUUCACCCACUCUACAGCAGGAAUGGCACUUCAAAAUAAAAGCUCUGUGCCGGAAUUCACUGGACUUAACAAUAGAGUAUGUUUUUCACAAACUUGACAUAUUGGUGAGUCACUCGCGGUCCAUUCAGAAUGGACCUGCAACCCACCAGGUAGGAACCACUGAGCUAAACAAUCAGAAGUUAUAUACAGUUACACGACAAUUCAAUGUCCGUAUAUGGAAGAUCAAGUUUCCAAGUAAUUUUCUUUCUCAAAAGAAAUCAAACUGCUUUCCGCUUUAGACCAAAGAUUGACGAUGAGGCGAGACACUUGAAACUACCUGCAAUGCCCCAGUUUACUAGGUUCUGAAAACCUGCCAGUUUGCUUUUGACUUGCUUUGUAAUGUCAAGCUUUUCUGGCUUAUUUUGCAGCUGAAUAUAAUUUUUAUCUUCUUAAAAUAUGAAUGAGAGUAGUGAUAGUGAACGUCCCAACCCUCACCUAUGGUCAUAAGCUCUGGGUAGUGACUGAAAGAUUGAGAUCGUGGAUACAAGCAGCCAAAAUGAGUUUCUCCGUGGGGUGUCUGGGCUCAGCCUUAGAGAUAGGGUGAGGAGAUCGGACAUCUGGAGGGAGCUCGGAGUAGAGCCGCUGCUCCUUCGCGUCGAAAGGGGUCAGUUGAGGUGGUUCGGGCAUCUGAUCAGGAUGCCUCCUGGGUGCCUCCUGUUGGAGGUGUUCUGGGUACGUCCCACUGGUAGGAGGCCCUGGGGCAGACCCAGAACACGCUGCGUACAUACCUCAUCUGGCCUGGGAACGUCUUGGGGUCCCCCAGGAGGGGCUGGAAAGUGUUGCUGGGAAGAGGGACGUCUGGGAUGCUUUGCUCAGCCUGCUGCCCCCGUGACGCUGCCCCGUAUAAGCGGAUGAAAAUGGAUAGAUGGAUAUCUACAUAGGGAGAGGGUCCUUGUCCACGGAGUUCGUCAUGUUUCUUCAGUAGCCGAGAAUGGACAAACCAAACCCUGGCUCUAGUUCUGCAAUCUUGUGGCUAGAUGCUACUAAAUCCUACACACUGGGCCUUUAAAAAAUGUCUUACAUGAUGAAUUGAUUAUCUAAAUAGUUGCUGAAUUAUUUUGUGUUGAUUAGCUAAUCAACUAAUCAACCAGUUAUUUCAGCUUUAACCAGGACUGUGACCUAAAAGCUCUUCGAGUCAAAACUGUCAGUUAGUCCCAAAUUACAAACUAAGCUGUUCUUUUCAGGAAACUUGCAAGAUUAUUAUCACAAAAUUACGGAUCCAUAAUAUAAAAUGUUAUGUGUAAUGUAUGCUGUAUCUGCUCUUUGAUUUGUUUACUGAGCUCCGAUGAUCCAGUGUGAACUUUUUUAAUUUAUUUUUUCUUUGCAACUAUUUGCAGCCGGUGAUAGUUAUGCCUGCGCCUGUAAGAGCGACUGAUCUAAGUUGUUACAUUGGUGAAGGAGUUUAUAUUGUUGGUGAUUCAAGGUGCUCAAACAUAUUUAGGACCUUUUGUAAUUGUGACAUUUCUUUCUAAAAACAAAACGAUACUUGAUUAUUGUGCGAUAGGUUAGAUGACUGUGAGUGAAUGUUAUAUUAAAGGGAAGUUCUGAGGUUUACCAAAAGACUAACUCUAUGUACUUGAUGAUGUAACGGCCUCCUGGUGUAUAUCAUGUAUCACAAAGUCAUGUUUGAUUAGAAGCUUUUCUCAGCAGAACUUCUGUUGCUUUUGCUGCCUGACGUCCACGUGUCCUCGUUAAGCUUAAGACUGUGCGCACAGUUUGUAGAUGUCUGUGAAAUCACGUUGAGAUGCACUUUAGAAAUUGCACAUUAUCAAAGCUCUUCUGACACUUUACGUAUGUAGUUAUUAUCAAGUGUCCUGAAUAAUCUGCAGUAUGUAUGUAUGUACGAUGUGUUUCUACCUGUUUCAUGAUUGGACCUUGGGGCUUAAUGUCUGAGCCAUAAAACAUGAAGCAAGCCAA